AUGCCUCGACAUGAUGACCGCCAUGGUGGUUCACGGCUCUAUGUUGGUCGCUUGUCAUCACGGACAAGAUCACGCGAACUUGAAGACGUAUUUAGCAGAUAUGGAAGAGUACGUGAUGUGGAUAUGAAGCGCGACUUUGCCUUUGUUGAAUUUAGUGACCCUCGGGAUGCUGAUGAUGCAAGAUAUAGCCUGAACGGUCGGGAUGUUGAUGGGAGCCGUCUAAUUGUGGAAUUUGCAAGGGGGGUAUGUUCUGACUUAUUUGCUUGGAAUCCUUCUCAUAUUUUGGCAAUGCACCACGGGGGUCCUGGCGGAUCUCGUGAGUAUCUUGGGAGAGGGCCUCCUCCUGGAUCAGGACGCUGUUUCAAUUGUGGACUUGAUGGGCACUGGGCUCGAGAUUGCAAAGCUGGGGACUGGAAGAAUAAGUGUUAUCGAUGUGGAGAACGAGGGCACAUUGAAAGAAACUGCCAGAAUAGUCCAAAAAAAACCAAAGGGCGUAGUCAUUCACGCUCACCAAGUCCAAGGCGGGGCAGAAGUCGAAGCCGUAGUUAUAGCAGGGGUCAUAGUUACAGUCGAUCCAGAUCACCUGUGAGGAGAGAAAGGAGUUUGGAGAGAAGAUCAAGGAGUCCUCUAGACAGCCGGAGCCCUAAGAGGCGUAGGGCUUCACCACCACCAUCCAAGGGGAGGAAGCACGAUCGUACACCUGAAGGGAGGAGCCCACGAGUGAGGGGUAGCCUCUCCCCCCAGGAUCGCAGAUCCGAUUACAGUAGGAGUCCCAGGGGAAAGAGUAGAAGCCCUAUUAACGAUGUUGAAGAAGACAAGAACGGGGAUAGGAGGCGUAGAAGCCCUGCUGAAGAAAAUGGUCACAGUCGCAGUCGCAGUCGCAGCCCAAGCCCCAUCCGCAGGGGUGAUAGGAGCCCUGUUGAAGAUGAUGAAGAUAACCAUGGUUCUCCAAGAGGCAGUGAAUCAGCUUGA